CUUCUUGUUCUUAAACACUCGACCUCCAGCUUCCAGGUUUGUAACCUCUCGUGCUUCUGCUUCUCGAGUGAUCAUCGCUGAGAGAGAGAGAGAGAGAGAGAGAGAGAGAGAGAGAGAGAGAGAGAGAGAGAGAGAGAUUACUUGCUCUGAGGUUGGAAUCAUAGCGAGGCUCGUUGGGUUCGCCUUCUACGUCGCCGUCUCACUUGGAUUUGGAUGAUCAGUUUUGGAGGGUAUGAUAUUCAGACUGUGUGCUUAUAUAUUUGGGUGAAUCUGGAGCAAUGUCGAAUCUGAAUGUUGACGUGAGUCAGAACGGGAGUGUGGCGAAUGGUGAUUCGUCAUGUUCAGUGGAUGAAAUUGAUGAAAUUGAUUUCUCAAAGUUACUAGAGAAGCCGAGACUUUUGAACAUAGAAAGACUGAGGUCACUUGAUGAAAGGUCGCUCACUGAAUUAUCUGCAUCGUCGCCUCAUCUAAGGAACACCGAUAAUGCUAUACGGAUUCUUGAGCAUAUAGACCUCGUAUAUUCACCGAGCAUCGGCAGGAGGUCUGGGUUUAAUACCCCUAGAUCAUAUCAUGGGUUUGAAGCUCAUCCUAUGGUGGGUGAAGCUUGGGAUGCUCUAAGGCGUUCGUUGGUUCACUUUCGCGGGCAACCCGUCGGGACAAUUGCUGCUCUGGAUAGCUCGGAAGAAAAAGUCAACUACGAUCAGGUGUUUGUGAGAGACUUUGUACCAAGUGCAUUAGCUUUCCUUAUGAACGGAGAGCCGGGGAUCGUCAAAAAUUUCAUCUUGAAGACUCUUCGCCUUCAGUCAUGGGAGAAAAAGAUCGAUAGGUUCCAGCUUGGCGAGGGAGUGAUGCCAGCUAGCUUCAAAGUCUUCCAUGACCCAGUCAGGAACCACGAGACACUGAUUGCUGAUUUUGGCGAGAGUGCAAUUGGAAGAGUAGCGCCUGUGGAUUCAGGAUUCUGGUGGAUUAUACUGCUCCGAGCCUACACAAAGUCUACAGGAGACUCUUCUCUGGCCGACAUGCCUGAAUGCCAGAAGGGUAUUCGGCUUAUUCUAAGCUUGUGUCUUUCAGAAGGGUUUGAUACAUUUCCCACUCUUCUGUGUGCUGAUGGUUGCUGCAUGAUUGAUCGUAGGAUGGGUGUUUAUGGUUACCCUAUCGAAAUUCAAGCCCUUUUCUUUAUGUCCUUAAGAUGUGCCUUACUCCUGCUUAAGCAAGACGGUGAAGGGAAGGAAAUGGUGGAACAGAUAGUUAAGCGGCUUCAUGCGUUGAGCUACCACAUGAGGAGCUACUUUUGGCUGGACUUGAAGCAGCUAAAUGACAUAUACCGAUAUAAGACAGAGGAGUACUCCCAUACUGCGGUUAACAAGUUCAAUGUCAUGCCCGAUUCUCUUCCGGAAUGGGUUUUCGACUUCAUGCCUCCUCAUGGUGGUUAUUUUAUUGGAAACGUAAGUCCCGCUAGGAUGGACUUUCGUUGGUUUGCAUUGGGCAAUUGCAUCGCGAUACUAUCUUCCUUGGCUACUCCCGAACAGUCAACAGCGAUUAUGGAUCUUAUAGAAUCUCGGUGGGAAGAGUUGGUGGGAGAAAUGCCGCUUAAGGUUUGCUAUCCAGCCAUAGAAAGCCACGAAUGGAGAAUAGUAACAGGUUGUGACCCGAAAAACACCCGAUGGAGCUACCACAAUGGAGGAUCUUGGCCAGUGCUUCUUUGGCUUCUGACGGCGGCUUGUAUAAAAACUGGGAGGCCACAGAUAGCGAGAAGAGCGAUAGAAGUAGCGGAGCAAAGGCUGCAUAAGGAUAACUGGCCAGAGUACUAUGACGGGAAGCUGGGCCGAUACAUAGGGAAACAGUCGAGGAAGCUCCAGACAUGGUCCAUAGCUGGUUACUUGGUGGCGAAGAUGAUGCUGGAAGAUCCAUCUCAUGUCGGUAUGGUUUCUCUUGAGGAAGACAAACAAAUGAAACCCUUGAUGAAGAGAUCUAACUCCUGGACCUGUUGAUUCCCCCCUUCUUCUUCAUCAUCGUCAUUGAGACAACCACUUCACUUGUGACUGUGUUUUAAGGAGGCUUCAUCUUUGCUUAAGGCCCAAGUUACUUGGAAUUCUCCUGUUCAUGCGUUUUAUGCUGACUCUCGUUUCUAAAAUGCUAAGGUGAGAUUUCAUUUCAAAUGCUAUUCUUAUCGAA